UUUUUUAAUGUCGCUAUCAAAGCAAGAUGAAGGGGAUCAUGUUGUUGCCUCUCUUUUGCCAUGCUGUAUUUCCAGUGAAACACUCCUUGAAGUUUUACCUCACUGCAUCAUCUGGAGUCUCAAACGUUCCAGACUUUGAGGCUGUUGCAGUGUUUAAUGAAGUUGAGGUGGCUUACUAUGACAGCAACAUCAAGACAACAGAACUUAAACAGGACUGGAUGAGUAAAUUAAUCGGGGAAGAUCCUCAACGCUGGGAAAGAAACAGACUCAACUGUAUGGAUUACCACCAAGUCUUCAAAGAAGAAACUGACACUUUCAAGCAUCGCCUCAACCGAACUGGAGGUGUCCAUGUUGUCCAGCAGAUGGCUGGAUGUGAAUGGGAUGAUGAGACUGGAGAGAUUAAUGGUUAUCAACAGUACGGUUAUAAUGGAGAACACUUCAUAUCUUUGGACCUGAAGACUCUGACAUGGAUUGCUCCAAAACCACAAGCAGUCACCACUAAACACGAGUGGGACAAAGAUGAAUCUAGAAAUAAGUACUGGAAAAACUUUGUCACAGAGCAUUGCCCUGAGAAACUCAAGAAGUAUCUGAACUUUUGGAAAAGCUCUCAGCAGAGAACAGAGCUUCCCUCAGUGUUUCUCCUCCAGAAGACUCCCUCCUCUCCAGUCAGCUGCCACGCUACAGGUUUCUACCCUCUCAGAGCCGAGAUGUUCUGGAGGAAAGAUGGAGAGGAGCUUCAUGAGGACGUGGAACACGGAGAGAUCCUCCCCAACCAUGAUGGAUCCUUCCAGAUGAGUGUUGACCUGAACCUUUCAUCAGUCACACCUGAAGACUGGAGGAGGUACGAAUGUGUGUUUCGGCUCUCUGGUGUCAACGAUGACAUCAUCACAAAACUGGACAAAGCAGUGAUCAGAACCAACUGGGUUUCUCCCUCAGAGUUCCCUACUGGUCCUGUUAUUGGAGGUGUUGUAGGACUGCUGCUGCUCCUGGCAGUCUGCAUCACUGGAGUCUUCAUCUGGAGGAGGAAAAAUAAUGGAUUCAGGCCUGCAAACUCUUCAGACUCGUCAUCGUCUGAUCCAUCUUCAGUCAAAGAUGCAGCUCUUAACUGAUCACAGAGUAACAACAUCUGGAGAGAACUGAUGCUGCUGUCCAGCUGUUUCCUCAAACCUUUGGUGGAGAUGAAUCACUGCAGCAGCUACCAGACACCAAAGAGCCACAACGUUACUCCAGUGGGGCAUCUUUUGUCUUCAGAUAUCAAAUUCAUGUCAGUUAGUCAUGUGAUGUACUGUCUUUGAUGAUGAUGGGAGACAUGCAGCACUUUAACCUCUGCUUCUAACGCUGGAGUCAAACCUAAAACUUUAAAUGUUCAACUACUCAUGCUUUCACUAAUAAUUAGUUUGACAGUUGCAUUUUAGAAACACUUAUGAAGAUUCUACACUAGGCCACGAUUGAAUAAACACAGCUUUUGUUUCUCUAUUUGUUUCAUUGUGAUUACAGUUUGAACACUGCAUCUCAACUUCUCUCACUUUAACCAAAGUAUAAAUAUCUGAGUUAUGUCUUAGUCUUCCAACACACAUUGAUCCUCCACAGCAAGUAACAGCUGUAACUCUUUUUAAACAUAAACUUGUAAAUAUUUCCACAGUUUUACACAAUAUAAAUACAUUUUUGAAUAUUUAGAUACUCCUCCUUUCAUUGAAACUCACAUAUUAAAGCAAUAACACUUCUUAGAGCUUAUAUUUGUAUCUUAUACAUUUGUCAUCUUCACGUCCUGUAUUUGUCAUGCGGAUGAUAAAUGUUAAUGUCAUUGUAACAUUAUUGUUAAUGCUCAGAUUAUUGAUGUUAAAGGAUUAAUGAGGGUUUUAUCUGUGGUACUGAUAGAUGCACUUUAUUUCAUAUUGCUAAAAUGGAAAAAUUGAUUUGUCUACGUGACAGUAUACGUCUUCUCUAAGGUCAUGUGAUCUG